AUGGCUGCGAAAGAUCAAAGUUUGCGAUGGCCUGCUUACUUUCCAUCCACAGCCCAUCUUCGAGGCCCUCACCCGUCCUUCACCAGGUUGAUGUGUGACCAGAUCAUGGACGAGGUCCUCGCUGUUCUCCCAAGCGUAGACGAGAGCAAAGCAUCACGCAUCCGAGCGAUGCGCUUGCCCGCGCUCGUAGCCUUCAUGGUUCCGCAUUCCACCAGCGAUGACCGACUGGUCAUGCUUUGCAAAUGGCUGACUUGUUUGCUGCUCUUCGCAAACCUCUUCGAAUAUCCUUGGUUCAGCCAGGAAGAGGCAUUGCACUUGGGACGAGGACUUGACAGCCUACCGCGUGACUUGAGACUACUUGCUACUGAAGGCCCGCUAGCCAGUGACAAGAAUAGUCAACCACAAUAUGUGCAAUAUAUGCGGGGAAUCUUCGCUGAAAUGUUCCGUCUCAGCCCGAGGAGGGAACAAUUCCUCCGUGCGGCAGACUACCUAGAAAGAGCCAUCACGGCCAUGCACUCAAGAAAGCACAGCCCAAGCAAGGCCUGUUCAGACGACCUGGAGCAAUGGAAGCGAUCUCGCGUUGAUAGCACGGGCAUGUUCAUGUUGUUCCACUGGAUGGAGUUUGCGCUAGAUCUUCACAUCCCCGAUAGCGUCUGGGAUGAUCCGACCGUGCAACUCCUCAUGGACGAGGCUUGUCUUCAGAUUGGCGUCGUCCAUGAUCUAUACUCCCUUCCCAAGCAUAUACUCAUGAACGACUGUCGAGUAGACACCGAAAGCAUGAACUGUGUGGCGUGGCUUAUGCGGGGCACGGGCGAGAGUCUGCAGGAGGCCGUCGAUCGGUGCUGGGACUACAUCCACCAUCUAGAUGAUUUGGUUGUUCACGCUGCGAUAGUGGUAAAGAGCCGGUUCAGGCAGGACAAGGCAAUCUCACAAAUUGUGGACGCGAUCGUUUAUUCCCUCCAAGGGUCGUGGGCCUAUGGAAUCAGGUCUUCGCAGUACUGGCUCAAGUUGCUGCAUGCUUGUCAGCCUGCGCUGCAGUCUGAGAAUUUCACAUUCGCAUCCUCCGAUGAAAAGCAACAGCCUCUUGUCAGACAUGAAGCCUACACGGGCAUGGAUGGAACCUGA